CCCCAAUCGCCAACCCCUGCCCCCACCACUCGUCCGCCUGCCCCUCAUAGUUCCCCCGCGAGGGUUUCCUCUCGUCUUCCUCCGCCCUAGCCGCCAUCCCCUGGCGACCCUCCCGUCCAUCACCCCUACCGUCCCCGGCGACUGGAAGCGGUUGAAGACCUCCGCGAUCUCUUGCUCCGGCAGGAAGUCCUCGACGAGCCAGACCAGAUCCGACGGAGAAAUCAGAGGGAAUGCACCGCCCGCUCCUCCCGCUUUUGUCCCAGCACCGCCUGCUCCUCUCCGGCACAUCCCGUCCGCCAUGCCGCUCUCAUACGUGUAUGAGGCCAUCCCCGAGCUACUGCAGCCGGUGGGAUCUGUCUCACCGGAGGUCCUAGAGGCAACGAGGGCACUCCGAUGGAAGGAGAGGGCAACACGGAUCCACGACGACGCCCGAGCUUGGUCGCAGAGCGUUGGGGAGUGUAAGAGAGUUCAGGCGGAGAUGGAGGCAGAUGCAACUAUCUCCCGUGUCCGACGGGAAGGGUGCAUUGAAAUUGCCAAGAAGCACGCCGAUUGGGAGCUGCGCAAUUGGGGUCAAAGAAUCCACUUUGAGAGCUCAGCGGAGGAGCGAGCUAGGAUGUCGCCCCCAACUGCACCGGUAUUGGAGAUCAUCAACUGGGCAAGGGAGGAGGCAAGAAGGCCACGGGACAAGGCGAGGUGGGAGUGCUUGGCUGGUCGGAUGCCGACCAGUGCUCCGCCGCAGCCUGAACCGGUGGAUCCGCCGUCGUUUCUGUCUCCACGGCCAGGGCUAAGCUACGACGAGCUCUGAAGAUGUCUGAAGUUCUCCGAAGUUGUCUGACCGUUCUAUGUAGUUGAUGAAGAUCUUGCAACUAAUUUGUCUGUCAAAGCACGUUACAGUGUUGUUGUGCUUCAGGCUGUUUUCUCUUGUAAUGUCAAUGAAUAUGUGUUUGCUUGUGCUUGUGCCUUUCUAUUA